UAUGAAAUGCCAAAUACAACUCCGAAGACAAACCCCCACACGGAAACCCACCCGAAGUCCCUUUCCCUCUCCCUCCCUGAAGAUUUCAGCAAUUCGUCGAAGAAUCGACUGAUUGAUAGAUAGACCAAUCAAGAAAGCAAGCAAGCAGUCGAUCAAUCGAUCAAUCAAUAGUUCUUUGUCUUGAUUUGAUGGAGUGCGAGCUUCCAUCAAGAGCAAGCGGAGUUCUGGCUCAGAUAACCCUAAUUCGUGGACAUUGAAACACUAGAAUUCGAAGUUGAAACAAGAGUUCAGGCAGAGCUGCAGAGAUGUUUCCGUGGAACAUCGCCAAAUCGGCGGAGGCGAUGUUCUCUCGAUGGGCCAUAAAGAGGGCGUGCAAGUUCUUGCUGAAGAAGAAACUAGGGCAAUUCAUUCUAGGCGACAUCGAUCUCAACCAGCUCGACGUGCAGCUCAGAGCCGGCACAAUUCAGCUUUCCGAUCUCGCUCUCAAUGUCGAGUAUAUCAAUCAGAAGUUUUGUCCUGCAGCAUCUGUUGCCGUGAAAGAAGGAUCAAUUGGUUCUCUAUCAGUAAUAAUGCCUUGGAAGGGUAAAGGAUGUGAGAUUGAGGUGGAUGAACUUGAGCUCGUGCUUGCCCCCGCUGGGGGGCUUAAUUACCAAUUCGAAUCUGAGAGUGGUCUACCCAGGAAAGAAGGAAAUUAUGGUGUCAACCAUGAGCCUAGUAAAGUUGAACAUGAAAAUUUGGAGAACUCUAGUAUUUCUGCUUUCACAGGUAUACAUGAAGGAGUUAAAACCAUUGCCAAAAUGGUUAAAUGGUUACUCACUAGCUUCCAUGUAAAUAUUAAAAAAUUAAUUGUGGCAUUUGAUUCCUCUUUAGUGGAGAAUGAAAAGAAUGCAGGGUCCUACAAAACCUUGGUUCUUCGAAUUUCUGAGGUGGAAUGUGGAACACGCAUUUUUGAAGAGGUUAUUUCAAAUACUGAUGAUAAAGUUGAUGACUUUCUUGGGUUGAAUCAAUUGACAAACUUUGUGAAGUUUCAAGGUGCAAUACUAGAAUUUCUCCAGAUGGAAGGUGUUGACAAUGAAGCCAUCCUUCCAUGUGCUCCGGGAACAAAUUUUGGUGAAUGGUAUACAGCAUGUUGUCCGUCAAAUGCUAGGACUCCAGUUGUUACUGGGGAGCGAGGUGGAUUCUCGGGAACCUUAAAACUAAGUAUUCCUUGGAGGAAUGGCACUUUAGAUAUUUGCAAAGUGGAUGCUGAUGCUUAUAUUGAUCCAUUAGAAUUAAGAUUACAACCUAGCUCCAUAAAAUGGUUCUUAUAUUUGUGGGAAAUUAUUAAAGGUUCGGGUAAGAGUGCUAGUGAUCAUGCGAAUUGCAAUGUUACAGGAUCUGUUAGUUUCAACUCAUCAUCCCAUUGCUAUCCGUCAACAUCAGAUUCUUUUGUAACUUCAAGUGAUAAUAGCAUUCCAUGCAAUGAAAAUUCCUUCUCCAAUAUCAGUUUGCCACUGGGGAAAGAAACAGCAAUAGCUGCUCUGCUGCCAGAGUCACAACUGAUAUCAGAUUGGGUGCCUUUCUCAAAUCAGAGGGAUAGUACUGAAGGUGAACCAGAUUUUGGAGCCAGCAUAGAACAGUUUUUUGAAUGCUUUGACAGUCUAAGGAAUUCUCAAUCAGCAUUAGGGAGCAGCGGGAUGUGGAACUGGACAUCUUCAGUUUUUGGUGCAAUAACUGCAGCAUCCAACCUUGCUUCUGGAUCUUUGCACAUUCCAUCUGAACAGCAGCAUGUUGAAACCAAUCUUAAGGUAACUCUUGCUGGAAUUUCUAUUCUUUAUUCCCUUUUUGAUGGGGACCUGCAGCAUUCAUGUGGUCCAAAGGGUGAUAAAACAAAUGUUGGUUCAAAUGUUCAUUAUCUGGGUAUAAAAGUCCAGGACAUGCUUCUGGUGUUGCAGGUAUGUCCGCAAGAAACCAAUUUUAAUGCAACAGUGGAGUGUAUUGAGCUCGUUGAUCACUUCAAUCAUGGAUAUGAUAAUCCCGAAUUUGGUUUUCAUGCCUGUAAUGAUAUUGAAAAAGAGAUGCAUCUGAUCCAACAAAAGCAGGCUGCUGUACACGAUGCUCUCCCUCCAUUUUGCUCAUCUAACAAGCAUCCUAAGUCAGAUAAACAAAAUGGAUGUCAAGCUGCAGAUUUUUCAUGUCCAGUGUCUUGCACAGAUAGAGGUAUUAGCAAAACAAAUUGUAAAGGGAUAUAUAGUGAUGAUGUAGUAAAGGUUACCUUGCUCAGAACUUCAGGUGCCAUGCAGUGCCAAUUUACCAUGAAUUCUCGUUCUUCUGAUGACAAUUUUAUGAGGUUGACAUCUUUUUCAUUAAAGCUGCCACCAUUUGUUUGCUGGGUGGACUUCCAUUUGAUCAAUAUGAUAAUGGUUCUUCUGGAAGAAGUUGGAAAGUCCUCUGAAAUGGAUGGCCUAAGAGAUGGAUCUUCAUCUGAGGGAAGUAAGAUUUGCACUUUGUCUCAGCGGGAAACUAAAAGGAAUUCUCAUUCUAAUUUGGCAACAGUGUCUCCGGAAGAAACUUUGAGAGGCAAUAUAUUCCUCCCCACUGCAAGGGUAAUUUUCUGCUUCCCUUUUAAUGUUGACAGGGAUUUUAGAACCUAUUCUUUGUGGGAUCAGUUUAUUGUUCUUGACUUUUGUUCACAAGCAACUUUGGGUGAGGGAAGCGUUCAGACCACCAUUCCAUUUCCAAAUGCAAGUUCUCAGAAGAGGUAUUCUUCUUCGAAAACGUCAAGGUCCUUCCAUUUGAAUAUAGGAGAUCUUGGUGUCUACUUAAUCAACUCUUCUUCCAAUAGCAAUUCAGGGAGUGACAUGGGUGGGGUUGAGAGACAGACAUUUUUGGCCGAGAACAUUUUCUCUGCUACAAAUAGAAGCGGUCACUUAUCCGUUAUUAGCAUGCUUUGGCUGAGAUCUCUGACUGAUUCUGGGAUAGCAAACAAAGCCAAGCUUUUAGCUACUUCAGAGGAUUCUUGGGCUAGAAAUUGGUCUGGAAAAGGUUAUGAGUUUGCCUCUGUAACUACGGCAAAAGCUACAGAAGACUUAGGUAAUCUUGCACGACAAGAGAUGAUUUUAAGCUCUGCUUUUUCCAUGCAUGCUUCUCUGCCUCCAGUUAAAAUAAAUCUAAGCAGUUCUCAGUAUAAGGGCUUGCAUCAUCUUCUACAACAGGCAAUUAAUGGAAUAUCAUGUGUAUUGCAUGAUCCAGCUAAUGCUAAGACUGAUAUUGUGUCUCAAAUGUCAAUUUUCGUGGAAUGUGAUUCUGCAGAAAUUUGUCUUUGCCUGGAAAACGUAGAGACUGUGAAAGGGCCGAUUCAGAAUGAACUUCCUGGAUCCUGGCAUCAUUUAAAGCUAGAAGUUAAGAAAUUUCAGUUGCUAUCGGUCUCAAAUAUUGGUGGAAUUUGUGGUGCCAAUUUUCUUUGGGUUGCCCAUGGUGAAGGCAAUUUGUGGGGUUCUGUUACUGGAAUUCCUAGCAAAGAGUUUCUUCUGAUCUCAUGUAGCAACUCCACCAUGGGUCGAGGUGAUGGUGAAGCUUCAAAUGUGUUGUCUUCUAAAUUUGCAGGUUCUGAUAUCAUACACCUGUGGGAUCCGGAGACAGGUCAGAGUUGUAUGUCCAUAACUGUCAGAUGUGGAACCAUCAUUGCAACAGGUGGUCGCUUGGAUUGGUUUGGCACAAUAUCCUCCUUCUUCAGUGUGUCCUCUCCUGAUAUUGAACAAGCAAGUGAGAAAAAUUUGGAUAAGGGAAACUCUGUGGAAAGUGAUUCUUCUUUUGUUCUUAAUUUGGUGGAUGUUGGAUUAAGUUAUGAACCAUACUUUAAGGGUCCAUUUACUAGUGAAGUUUUUGAUUUUGAGACCAGCUCAGUCAAUGUUAAUGAAGUGAUCCAAGGACAAUAUUUUGCUUGCCUCCUAGCAGCUUCUUCAUUAAAAGUUUCCAACAAAAAAGUAGGAGAUUGUAAUGGUGACUACAAAAUUAGAUUGCAAGAUCUAGGCCUGCUCCUUCAUAUGGUGCCAGGACCUGAGAAUGUUGGUGGCGCAUAUAGUGUGGAGCAUCUUCACAAGGUUGGCUACGUUAAAGUUGCUCAAGAGGCGCUUAUCCAAGUUACUUUAAGAGUGAAUUGUGAGGAUGGCCUUCUUUGGGAAUUUGAAUGUUCUGACUCUCACAUUUCCCUGGAUACUUGCCAUGACACCACCUAUGGCUUGAUUCAUCUGGCAGCACAGCUUCAACAGCUUUUCGCUCCUGAUGUGGAGGAAUCUCUUGUUCACUUGCAGACUAGGUGGAAUAAUGUUCAGAAGGCACAAGAACGUGAAGAAACUAGGUUUGCCGGUGGUGAUUCUGCACCUUCAACUUCUCAUUCUUCGUGUCUAGGUAUGAAAAGUAAUAUAGGUGCAAUCAACUUGAUGGAUGAGAUUUAUGAAGAUGCAUUUCAAAUGGACGGACAGUGGGAUGACUUAUCAGACUCUUCUGGAUCCCCAUUUCAUAUUUCAGUUGAUGAUAAUCUUCUUGAAGAGACAUAUGACUUUAGUGCCACAAACUCUGACAGUUUUUCCUUUAAUGACUCACUGCCCUUAAAUGUAUUGGAAAGUAGUCAGCCUUCAUUUUUCCAGAAAAGCUUUCCUGAGUUUAUAGAAGGCUACUUAACUGAGUUCAGCUCCAUGUCAGAUCCAUCUCAAAAGAAACAAUCAUCUGAUGAUAUUCCUGAACAAAAAUCCAGUAAUAUGGGAAAGGGGGAUGUUAAGAGAGUAAACAGUGGUUGGUAUGGGGAUGGCUCAUUGAAUAUUCUGGAAGAUCAUCUCUCAGAUGUGAGUAAACAACCUGGUCCUCAACAACUUGUAGCAGAGGAGGCUAUUGCUAACUUUUGCAGAAAACAUGAUGAUCAAGGAAAAGUGAGGGGUCGUGUACUUUUGAAGAACAUUAAUGUUAUCUGGAGAAUGUAUGCUGGAUCUGAUUGGCCCAACCUGCAGAAAAAUGCCAUUCAUUCUCCAGUUAUCUGUGGAAGGGAUAGGACUGUUUAUCUUGAGCUUGUAUUGUCUGGAAUUGACUUCCAGUAUGAAAUUUAUCCUGAGGGUGAUAUAUGUGUAUCAAGGCUAUCUCUGUCUGUCCAGGAUUUUAAUCUCAAUGAUAACAGCCAGAAUGCACCAUGGAAACUGGUGCUCGGAUAUUAUCAAUCAAAGGAUCAUCCUAGACAAUCAUCUUCUAAAGCAUUCAAGCUGGAUUUAGAAGGUGUUAGACCUAAUCCUUUGAUUCCUAUUGAGGAGUAUCGGCUGCGCACUGCUUUCCUUCCUAUGCUUUUGCAACUCCAUCAGAACCAACUUGAUUUUCUCAUCAGCUUCUUUGGAGGGGAAAGCUUGUCUGUUAACCAGUCUCCACAUGCUCCUCAGGACUUGACUGAACCAGAAGUGUUUCCAGGAAAGAGUAGUAAUUUUGGAGGUCAUACUAUCUGUGAGGAGGCUUUGCUUCCUUAUUUUCAGAUGUUUGAUAUGUGGCCUGUUCUUGUUCGUGUCGAUUACAACCCCCGCCGUGUUGACUUGGCAGCUUUAAGGGGUGGGAAGUAUGUGGAGCUUGUCAACUUGGUUCCUUGGAAGGGAGUAGAACUACAACUUAAGCAUGUGCACGCUAUUGGUGUUUAUGGUUGGAACAGCGUUUGUGAAACAAUAGUAGGGGAGUGGUUGGAAGAUAUUUCUCAAAAUCAGAUUCAUAAACUCUUGCAAGGGCUUCCCCCCAUUCGGUCAUUGGUUGCCAUGGGUUCUGGUGCUGCAAAGUUGGUUUCUUUGCCUGUAAAAAGCUACAGGAAGGAUCACAGAUUGCUGAAAGGAAUGCAAAGAGGUACAAUUGCAUUUCUUAGAAGUAUUUCACUAGAAGCUGUUGGGCUUGGAGUACAUUUGGCAGCAGGUGCCCACGACAUUCUGCUUCAAGCUGAAUAUAGUCUUGCAAGCAUUCCACCAUCUAUAUCAUGGCCUGUGCAAAGCAGAACAAGUACAGAUGUGAGAUCUAAUCAGCCUAAAGAUGCCAGACAAGGAAUUAAACUGGCUUAUGAAAGUAUUAGUGAUGGCCUUGGAAAAACUGCUUCUGCUUUAGUUCAAACUCCCUUCAAAAGAUACCAACGCGGUGCUGGUGCAGGAUCUGCAUUAGCAACUGCUGUUAAGGCAGCUCCAGCAGCCGUUAUAGCCCCUGCUUCAGCUGCUGCACGUGCAGUGCAUUGUGCUCUUCUUGGUGUCAGGAACAGUCUUGAUCCUGAACACAAGGAUGAGUCAAUUAAAAAAUAUUUGGGUGCUAAUCAGCCUUGGAAGAAAAUAGCAGAGGGCUGAAAGCACAAGGAAAUUCUCUAUAACCUGUUGCUCAUUUCAGAAAAACACCAAAAGAAAAGAAAGGAAGAUAAUUUUGAAGCUCCCUUUGGUUUCUAUGGAACUGUAUCAUGUAAGUUGAAGCUCUCACAGGCUUUUACAAGCCCAACUUGCAGACGCCAAGGUUACUUUGAACUAUGAUCCAUCCAGUUGCCAGAGAAGGGAUUUGCAUUUUUUUAACUGGUGUACAGAUGGUGAAACCAUUCAACAGAUUCUUUCUUUGCUGGAAGAGAAGAUAAAUAGUCCUGUAAAAAAGUGUAAAUAGGUGGGCUUAUAUAUAUACAGUUGACCUGAAAAGCCGGGCCCUGUAAUUAUAAUAACCCCUCAGCUUUAGUUCUUUGUACAGUAGUAGCGUACUUUCAGUAUUCUUUGUGGCCGAUCCUGUUUCUUGUACAUAGCACGUUGAAUCUCGAUUCAAUUUAACAUGUGAAUAUACUUUGGGGGUGUUGCUGUUA